GAUCACGGAUCCUAAUACAGCAGAUUCAAGGUUUCGAUGUUUCGAGGGUUUCUAAACGUUCUAAACUGUUGGAAACUGUGCUUUCGCACAUUACUGGAGGAAAUUUUUGUGCUAUAUAUGUGAUGCUUGUGUUUGUAUUUUCUUUUGGAGUGAUUUAUGGUUGGAAGAAAUGUCGAUUAAUCUCUUCUUUCGUCAGAAGCUUUCAUCAGCAGUGAUAUGCCAUCAUGUUAGACGGUUGAUUCUUCCAGUUUCACCAAAUCUUGGACAGCAACGUCGCAGUAGCAUCUAUGAGCCGGAUUAUUUAGAGACUGGAAAGCCAAAAAUUCCACAGUAUAAUACUUUGAACAUUCAGCUGAAGGGAUAUGACUUCGCAGUUUUGGAGAAUUACCAGAAGCUUGUGCACAAGAUUGCAGAGGGUAUGGAUGUUGAAGUUGAAGAUGGAUGGGCAGUGCCACCCCAGCAUCUGAAAGUUCAGAGGUUCAAGCCAGAAAGCACAAUUGUUGAUACAGAAUAUACAAUGACUGUAUAUGAAAGAAAUGUUCAGGUGAUACACCUGCCAUCAACAGUAGGCUCAAUUCUCUUUGAGGUGCUGCAGACAGCCUUACCUGAGGGUGUAAGCAUGACAGUCCAUGAACACAAAGAAGAGCAUGAAGAAACACGGUACAUACCUGAUGCAGAAUUGUUAGAACUCAAAUCGCAGCUUGAGGAACUAAGAGGUCCAAACGUUAAAAAGAAGUAGACAUACAAUACUGUAAAACUGUACAAAAAUAUAUAUUUAUAAGAAUUGUAUAUUAGUGAUACAGUUAUUGUUUCAUACUGUGUAUGGACGGCAAUAUUACUUUUGUGAUGUGUGAUACAAAAUAAUUUGCAGUGCUUAUUAUUAUUAUAUAGAAAAAGCAUUUUCUUGAGCAAUACUUUGUUUAUGAAUAAUAUUAAUAUUUGUAAGCUUGUUUCUAAUACAAAUGGCUUGUAACUGGAUUAUUGUGAACUACAAAACUGAAUUAGUUCAUUCUAAUAUGUUUGUACUUUACAGUAUACUGCUUUUAAAUGGAGGUCACUACUUUUGGCUUUCCAACUUACAGUGCAGAAUAGCCCACUUUGGAUAAUUUAAAUAUUGUGGCGUGCUGCCAAAAAGCCGGGCGAUAAGACGUCCAUUGAUAGGCAACGGCUGCGAUGAACAUGUAUACUUCAGUGGGAAUUGAAUACCAGCUUGGUGUUGCCUAGUAAUCGCUUAAACAACAAAUGCGUUUCUCUGGAGAUGAAGGGACAACAAGAGGUUCGUUGCAUAACAGCGGGCGAAACCAAGGCCUCCUACAUGGUGCACUCUUAUUCAGUCCAAGUGUACGUUAUAAGAGUCCAGCUUCGACAAGACCAGUGAGUCUUUAAUGUAGCUCCAAUUAGAGCAGAAGCAAGCUCGCAUCCUACAAAGGACAGAAACUUCACCAAGAUCAGUGGUGCAAGUAAUUAUAAGAGUGAAAAGGAAAUGUCUAAAGGACGUUAAUAAUACUUAUAAGUGUGAGUGUAAAAGAGAUUGUCCAAUAAACGUCUUAGCCCAAUCUGAGACCCACAUGAAUUUACUUGUCGUGUUACAUAGGCAACACACGACAGUAUAUUGAAAUACAUUUUCAUGGAUUUGUUACCAUUUUUAAAUAUGUGAACUUCUUGCUUUACCCAUGUUGACAGAAGAAGAUUGCUUCAGUGGAUGGUUUGGUUUUCAGGAUCUUCAGAUAAAAGUAUCAUUAUAGUACAUAUCCUCAUAUAACCUUGUAGCUUUUAUGUAAGGUUUAAGCUUUCCAUUACAGCCAUCAUUCAGAAUUUGGUCUUCCAGGCUGUGACAUUGUGAAGUCUUGCAGUAGGCAGACACAUAAGUUUCAGAUCAUCAUACUCCCUCCAUCUUCAGAUAUAAAGUAUUGACUUAAACUCUGAAGAUGGAGGCACAAUAUAUGGAUCCUCCUUAGGUUUCUGUAGCAGUAAACAUUGUCAGCAGCACUCUGUAUGAUAGCAGAAACCUGUUAUGAACUACCAUUGUAAUAUGUGAGAUGCACUUUACAAUAUAAUUAAUAAGGUGUUGAUGAGGAAGGUAUUUGUGCUGCAGGUUGUAUAUCAGUGGCAGUAUAAUUAGCCAUUUACAAAUAUGGCAUGCCCCCGUUAUGGAAUGUAUGUGUUCUUGAAAGUGCAAACCCAAAUUAUGAAAUUCCAUAGUGUGAACCCUAUCUUUUGACAGCCUCCCAUAAUAUAAACGAUGUUCCUGCAAACCUUAUUUUUUUUUUUGGUCCACAGUUUUAACAAAAACACAACUCUUUACCCAUCAGCAAUAAUUGUAGGCAUACAAAUCCAAAGUUAAAACACUUAAAAAAUUUACACUUUUCUCACCAGAAAUUAUUAACUGCAUACUUAGUCAUAAUAUGGGAAUAGCAACCACAUUCUGCCAUCCCUGUACAUAAUUAAAGCAUGCACUUAUGCUAGCCAUAUAAUCUACUGUUACAGAUGCAUGUGAAUGUGAUCUGAUGCACCCAAUGAAAGUCAUAUGAAGUUCUUUGCAUUUUGUAUAUAAAUCACUUUUGAAUAUAAUGAGUUUAUAGUCAAUUUUGAUUUGAUAAUUUGAAUCUGAUAAGAGACAUUUUAUGAUUUCCUUAAAGGCAGAAUUCCACAGUCUGAACAUCUGUAACUACGUAUAAAAACAGGAUCCUUUAAAAAAGUAAUUCAAUAACACAUAACUUUCCAGCAUAGUUAAACUUAUUUUAUUUUUAGCGUGUGUUAGAUUAAAUUCCAUCUGCAACCUUUUGUUGGAAAGCCAUGGUAUAAUUUUGUGGCAAAAAUAAAGUUUAAAGAUGUACCUAA